AAUUUACAAUUCUUUCCAGUUGUGGGUUGGAGAGAGGAUGCCUUUGGCAACUUCCACGGAUCAUGGCCACAACCUCCAGACUGUGCAGCUGUUAAUAAAGAAAAAUCAGACCCUCCAGAAAGAGAUCCAGGGACACCAGCCUCGCAUUGAUGACAUCUUCGAGAGGAGCCAAAACAUUGUCAGCGACAGCAGCAGCCUCAGCGCUGAGGCCAUCCGGCGGAGGCUCGCUGACCUCAAGGAGCUGUGGGGUCUCCUCAUCGAGGAGACUGAGAAGCGCCACAGGCGGCUUGAGGAGGCGCACCGGGCCCAGCAGUACUACUUCGACGCGGCCGAGGCGGAGGCGUGGAUGAGCGAGCAGGAGCUGUACAUGAUGUCUGAGGAGAAGGCCAAGGAUGAGCAGAGUGCUGUCUCCAUGUUAAAGAAGCACCAGAUUCUGGAACAAGCCGUGGAGGACUAUGCAGAGACCGUGCAUCAGCUCUCUAAGACCAGCCGGGCCCUGGUGGCUGACAGCCAUCCUGAAAGUGAGCGUAUCAGCAUGCGGCAGUCCAAAGUGGAUAAGCUGUACGCUGGCCUGAAAGACCUCGCUGAAGAGCGGAGGGGCAAGCUGGACGAGAGGCACAGGCUCUUCCAGCUCAACCGGGAGGUGGAUGACCUGGAGCAGUGGAUCGCCGAGAGGGAGGUGGUCGCAGGGUCGCACGAGUUGGGGCAGGACUACGAGCACGUCACGAUGUUACAAGAACGAUUCCGGGAAUUUGCCCGAGACACCGGGAACAUUGGGCAGGAGCGCGUGGACACCGUCAAUCACAUGGCUGAUGAACUCAUCAACUCUGGACAUUCGGAUGCCGCCACCAUCGCUGAGUGGAAGGACGGGCUCAACGAAGCCUGGGCUGACCUCCUGGAGCUCAUUGACACGAGAACACAGAUUCUUGCCGCCUCCUAUGAACUGCACAAGUUUUACCACGACGCCAAGGAGAUCUUUGGGCGUAUCCAGGACAAACACAAGAAACUCCCUGAGGAGCUUGGGAGAGAUCAGAACACAGUGGAGACCUUACAGAGAAUGCACACCACAUUCGAGCAUGACAUUCAGGCUCUGGGCACUCAGGUGAGGCAGCUCCAGGAGGAUGCGGCCCGUCUCCAGGCAGCCUAUGCAGGUGACAAGGCUGAUGACAUCCAGAAGCGGGAGAACGAGGUCCUGGAAGCCUGGAAGGCCCUGCUGGAUGCCUGUGAGGGCCGCAGGGUGCGGCUGGUGGACACAGGAGACAAGUUCCGCUUCUUCAGCAUGGUGCGCGACCUCAUGCUGUGGAUGGAGGAUGUCAUCCGGCAGAUCGAAGCCCAGGAGAAGCCCAGGGAUGUAUCAUCUGUUGAACUAUUAAUGAAUAAUCAUCAAGGAAUCAAAGCUGAAAUCGAUGCUCGUAAUGACAGUUUCACAACCUGCAUUGAACUUGGGAAAUCCCUGCUGGCGAGAAAGCACUAUGCAUCUGAGGAGAUCAAGGAAAAGUUACUGCAGUUGACAGAAAAGAGAAAAGAAAUGAUUGACAAAUGGGAAGACCGUUGGGAAUGGUUAAGACUGAUUUUGGAGGUCCACCAGUUCUCACGGGACGCCAGUGUGGCUGAGGCCUGGCUGCUCGGACAGGAGCCCUACCUAUCCAGCCGAGAAAUAGGCCAGAGUGUGGACGAGGUGGAGAAGCUCAUCAAGCGCCACGAGGCUUUUGAGAAGUCUGCAGCCACCUGGGACGAGAGGUUCUCUGCCCUGGAGAGGCUGACGACGUUGGAGUUACUGGAAGUGCGCAGACAGCAAGAGGAAGAGGAGAGGAAGAGGCGGCCGCCCUCUCCCGAGCCGAGCACGAAGGCUUCUGAGGAGACUGAGUCCCAGCAGCAGUGGGAUACUUCAAAAGGAGAGCAAGUUUCCCAGAACGGUUUGCCGGCUGAACAGGGAUCUCCACGGAUGGCAGAAACGGUGGACACAAGUGAAAUGGUCAACGGCGCCGCCGAGCAGAGAACAAGCUCAAAGGAGUCCAGCCCCAUCCCCUCCCCCACCUCGGACCGCAAAGCCAAGGCCGCCCUCCCGGCCCAGAGUGCUGCCACCUUGCCGGCCAGAGCCCAGGAGACGCCUUCGGCCCAGAUGGAAGGCUUCCUGAAUCGGAAGCACGAGUGGGAGGCUCACAAUAAGAAAGCCUCGAGCAGGUCCUGGCACAAUGUUUAUUGUGUCAUAAAUAACCAAGAAAUGGGUUUCUACAAAGAUGCAAAGACGGCUGCCUCUGGAAUCCCCUACCACAGCGAGGUCCCUGUGAGUUUGAAAGAAGCCAUCUGUGAAGUGGCCCUUGAUUACAAGAAGAAGAAACACGUGUUCAAGCUGAGGUGAGAGGGGCCCCGUUUC